CCGCUUCGCCCAGGCACCGCCCACGGCCUCUCCGGAUUGGCUGCCCGCGCUGUGCCGCGAGCUGGAGCGCGAGACGAGCUCAGUGUGUUUGAACGGGAUGCGCGGCGUUACCAUAGAGACCGCCCCAGCUGUUUCUGUCAGGCCGCACAGUGACGGUUAGCGGCGGCGCGAGGCAGCUGGGAGAUACCGGGGGUCAUACCGAGAGGGAGUGCGGGUACCGGGGGUGUGAUACCGAGAGGGAGUGCGGGUACCGGGUGUGAUACCGAGAGGGAGAGAGAGAGUGCGGGUACCGGGUGUGAUACCGAGAGGGAGUGCGGGUACCGGGUGUGAUACCGAGAGGGAGAGAGAGAGUGCGGGUACCGGGUGUGUGAUACCGAGAGAGAGUGCGGGUACCGGGGGGGCUGAUACCGAGAGAGAGUGCGGGUACCGGGGAGGGGGCUGAUACCGAGAGGGAGUGCGGGUACCGGGGGUGUGAUACCGAGAGGGAGUGCGGGUACCGGGGGUGAUAGCGGCACAGUGUACGGUUACCGGAGGCUGGCGGAUUUACUGUUCUAGAUGUCCUGAAGGCGGACACUGGAGCCCCCGGUCUGGAGGGGAGCAGGGAUACCGGAGGAUCAGGGGGGAGGGUCUACAUGAAAGCGGGAUGUCUGGUAGCGUCUGAGAGUAGUGGGCUCCUGUUCUUGGGGCCGGUGUGGAGAAUCAGGAUAUAGUUAGCUUAAUGUUUUGUAAAGUCAGGAUUUCGGGGUUGUCUUGGUGCAAAAUAAUGAUUUUGGGGUGCGGUGGGUGGAUAUAGUGGUGUUCUUGUGUAAAGUCACGAUAUAAUGAUUUAGGGGAGCAGUGGGAGGAUAUAUUAGUGUCAUUUGCUAUAUGAUAGGGAUAUAGGAUGGGUCUUGGGGUGUAGAAUCUGAUGGUGAGACGUGCUUCACUGCAGACCUGGACCAUACAAUUUGGUGAGUAACCAUUUCAUAUGUAGAAGUUUAUGAACCAAACAGCAUGAACUCUCAAACAACUUGCUAUGAAUCUACACAGAAGUGAACUAGCACACAAUCUAGAAAACAAGAAUGCCAAGAAUCAAAUUGCCCUAUUGGAGUGAACAAAGUAUCUUAAAUAUGCAUUGAGUGACUGUUCUAUCCUGUUUCUAUUGGGCAUCCAAUUUGCAAGCAUCUGCCUUCGAAUAGAUUAAUUAGAAAGUAAUUUUCUAAUUUAUUGAAGUGAAGAUUUUAGCAAACCCUGUUAUUUUUGUCAGCAUUUUGCAAGUCAAUUGUCAUUUACCACCUUGUAUUGUGCAUAUUUGAUUACAACCCUUUAUGUAUCCUUUUCUUUUUUUUAUUUGUGCCUGCAUUUAUUUGUGUGUGUGUGUCGUACUACUACUAAAUAAUUUAUCGAGUGUCUUACGGCAAUAUCUGUACUGCAGUAAUAACCCAUUUCCUUUUGUAGUUUUUAGAAAUUGGAGACUUCCAUGUGGUACCUAGUAUACCCCUCUCCCCAUCUUCUGCCCAGAGUGUCCUAAAAAAACUGCAGCGAUUUGGAAAAACAUAUAUUUUUUUUUUUUUAAAGUAAGACUAUUCAGGCAAGGGGCCAGCAUAUUGAUGUCCUUUGGCGCUUGUAUAGAAAUGUAAAACCUGGAUCUAGGACGAUCCCAUAAGACCGAGGGAUCCUCUACAGAUAUUCUGUGUGUGAUAAAUGAGAUGCCUUAUUCACCUAUUGUGCUAGGAGAUGCUUGUUUCCAUCAGCUGUUGAAAUGACAAGCUGCUUGAAACUCUCCAUAUUGCCACAAAUAUGUACUAACAUGAAACCGUGUUCUCUGCUUGACUCAUGUAUAUCCUUUGCUUGCAUUGGAAUUUCAAUGAAAUCCCAAAGCUGUUGUGGCGGAACCGCUGCCUGUUCAUGAAUUUCCCGUUUUAUAUUGUGUUUCCCUAUCCUUUCGUGUAUUGUGCCUGCUCCCCGUUCGGGAGUGGAGUGCUUCCACAGAAUUCAUUCGAUACCUCAUUUAGAACCUUCUCACCUCGCAGCAUAGGUGGGAAACUGCAAGGGAAGUAAUUGAGUGUUUCCCUGGGUGGCCGCCAUUCGUACCGACGAGCGUCAGCCAGGGGGAGCAUUCAUACCCCAAAAGGAGACGCUUCCCUUGUCUGGGUUUCACAUCGGGACCUCGCGAAUGGAGGCUAGCCGAGAGAGGAGCCGUUGUGCGGGUCCCUUGAGAUUGGUAUGGACACUUUUUGGGCACUGGCGAGUUUUGCGGGCUUUCCUGUGCCCGAGGGACAAAGAGACUAGCUUUUUAUUUCCUGCGGGCUUUUCUGUGCCAGGUAGACAAAGGGGCAGUCCCCUUUUCCCGCGCCUGGACUCCCAGGUACAGAGGCUCCUGCUGUGGGAAACCCUGUGUUUUAUUGGUAGGCUUUGGGAACAAAGGGAACAGAGUUCUCUUCCCACGCUAGGACCCCAGGGAGGGGGAGGAUCAUGGGAUGUGACCCUGUACGGUUGUGUGGGAGACCCUUUGCAUGGGGAUAUGCAUAAAAUCCGUGUGUGGCCAAUAAAAUUGUGUUGUCCAGUUACUUGAGGGGAAAUGGGUCUCUUUAUACUCUAAGUGGUUUCUGACCGGCUGAAGGAAGGGAAUUAGCAAGGUAACCAGUCGGGUUACCCUGGGUCCGCUACAGUUGUCUUUGAGGUUUUUUUAAAUUAUAUCUGUAUAAUAAACAUUAAAUAAAUGCAUGAAAGUGACCGUUAUGUGUUAAUGAUUAACACAUAAAACACAAAUAAUAGUGCAUAUGAUAUGUCUAUAUUAAAGGACCACUGUAGUGUCAGGAAAACAUACUUGUUUUCCUGGCACUAUAGUGCCCUGAGGGUGCCCCCACUCUCUUUGCGUUUUCAGUGGUUGCAUUACUCCUUUCUUCGGGCAUUAUUGUGGUCUAACAUUUUCUGCAACUCUUACGUAUAUACAACAGUAAUAUUUAACAAUAAGUAAUUGCAUACAGAAAUAAUGUAGAGAGAAGAGGUGAAUAAGGCCCUGCUCAAUGAGCCUUUAAUCUAGGAGGUCUGGACAUAAAUGAACUUUGUAAUUCUGAUCUUUUUUGCUUUUCUUUGACAAGUGUAUAACUAACAAAUGCACCAAAACAUUACUUACUAAGACUGUUCUGCCAUUGUAUUUUCCCAUUCCAUUUUGGUUCUUUCUCUCUUUUGGUUUUGUUUUUUUUGUUUAUAAGUUUGUCGCUUCCAAUACAUAAAAAAAAUAAAAUAAAUGUAUAUAUAUUAGUGUGUGUAUGUAUAUCUUCCCUGGCUCAAACAUGAAAGCAAAUGCGACAAUUUAUGAAUCGUAAUGACUCCAUCUUACAGGUGGUAUAUGAAAUUACUUUGUCAAGUGAGUAGCAGAUUGAAAUAACAUUGUCAUAGUAUAUGUUUGGCAUCAUUGAUGGAAUAAUUGAAAGGCUAUUGUGAAAGUUUAAUUUGGUCUGUUUGGACAUGCUUUGGAUUGAUGGGAGUUGGGAAACAGAGAGUAAUUUAUACUGGAGAAAUUGGUUGGUGACCUAGGUUUAACUGUAUUGACCUAUGGUACUUUCACUUUAUUUAUAAAAUAUUUUACCAGGAAAGAUACAUUGAGAUUUCUCUCGUUUUCAAGUAUGUCCUUGGUCCACAAAUCAUUGCAUUGUUACAAUUAGGGUACAAAAUACAACAACAAUAUUAAUACACAAGAAAUACAAAAUUUAUAUUGGAACUUUGCAAAUUUAGUGGGACCUGAAUUUGUAGUUUCAGGAUGCGUGUCAUUUAUUAGCUUGGCAAUCGGCAGUAGAGCAUCCGACAAAAUAAUUGUUAAAGGCAUUUGCUACAUCUAAGGGAAGUUGCAGGGUUUGGUUAUCCACUUUGACAGUGGAGGGUUUGGAGUGGAUUGGGGGAGUUUGUAGUUUAUUUAUGACUUUCCAAAAGUUUCUAGGGUUUGAGAUGUUAUUGUUCAGAUUUUCAUAGAAAUUGGGCCUUGGCCAAUUUUGUCUGUUUUGUGCAUAUAUUUCGCCAUUGUCUAUAUGCACAGUGAUCAUUCAUAGAGCCAGUACGCUUAAACUUUGACCACAAAGAAUCCCAAAACUGGUACAUUUGGAUGUUACAGCUGUAAUCCAGUUCAUAUGUGCUCCUUUUACCCUCACCUUACGCAGCGGUGAUCAGACAUAUAUUUUAUUUUAAAAAAAAAUUCCCUUUAUGUGAUAUUUAUCUGUGUGUCUUCUUUUUUAUCUAAUGAAUAUAUUUUAAACCGGCAUUGUCACUGUCUGGGAAUUUAGGUCUAUGGAGAAUCCCGCUGUCCAUAGAGAGACCCAGUUCCCUGGGGGAUUGACACUUCUUGACGGCGGAACUUCACCCAUUGUCAAUAAAUGUCAAGCAUAGAAAAAAUACUGUGACAAAGUAUAUCUUUUGACUUUAUUGGAAAAAUUCCAGCGCAGUCUGUAUGAGUAUUUAAUAUAGAUUCCAUCUUUAUGAAAUACUUGAUUUGAGAGAGGGGUGGGGUGGGAGGGUUUGUGGGUGACAGUGCUGCCUGAAAAACCAGAGACUUUGCUAUAGAAGAUUGCAGUAUGUCCUUACAGAGCGUGAGUGUGAAGGUCAGUGUCAAUACAGCUGUUGUUGAGGCAGCUGUCUUUAUCAGCUGUGAUGGGCCUAGCUAUGCAUAGCAUGCUAUAAUUGGAGUAAGUGUGCAUUAAUAAAGUGAUCAAAAUAACUUAAAUAUGUAAAGUGAUAUAUAUUAGUUGAAAGUAAUACCUAAUGUUUUCAACUUUAUUUCACAAGCAGGAAUUUUGCUAUGUGAACCUUUUUACCUUGUGUUCCUAAUCUUUAGCAGAAUGGAUUUUCUUAUAAUUCUAAUUUGUUAAGUAGUUUACAGUAAUGUCAUUUGGCCAUUAUGUCUACUUGCAUUGUCUGCCAGGGUCGAGAAUGUGGUAUUUUUAUCGACCCCUUUGAAUAUAUUAAAUGGCAUCUUGUAGGGGUUUCCCCUCUUUUGUUAAUUUUAUCUCUCAAAGGCAUUAGAGACCAACUAAGUGUGGGACCAACUCCUCCCAAUGGGGUUAGAUAAACAGUACUUCUCUGAAUCCCCCAUAACAGCAUUGACAAAGGUGUCAACAGGACUGUCGCUACAAAAAUGGAAAAGUGCAGGCAUCACACUGAUCAAACGAUUACUUUUUCAGUGGAAAAUGAUACCAUUCCUGCAAUUACAGGAAAAUAUAAUUUAACUUCUUGCUACAUAUUCCCUUACCUACAACUAGAAUAGUGAAAUCUACAGUUAGCAUAAACUUGGGAACGACUAGAAUAUCCAAACCUUGUUUUUGUUUAUUCUUAGCCAGAUGUGAAAUUAAGCCACAGAAAUCUAAAACAUUAUCGGUUAGUUACAAGACCCUAGUAGAGGGAACACAGGUGGAAAAAAAAUGGUAAAGAGUGAUUUAAGAAAAGCCAAAUGCUUCUGUCAGUUAGUUUAGAGUUCCCUUUUUUUCUCUGAUCCAGGCUCCCUUCUGUUAGGUAAUUCAUUUGUUAUGGCAGUUCUGAAGGGGUUAAUUGUCCAGUUUCUUCUUCAUCCACCUACUUUAAUUUGUUUCACAUAUAAACAAACCUGCAGAAGUGCAGACCUGUAAUUGCGUGAGCAUCUAAGCCAUUCACUCUCUUAAAAACAUGUGAACUGACUCUUUGUGUUAAGUCUUUUAUUGCUGUAUCUUCCAGCUUGGCCCUGGCGUCUGCAAGAUAUAGUCAUACAUGUGUUAAAAUCUUUUUACAAGUUCCAAUUGAUUAAUUCCUCUUACACAUAUAUACUGCAACUCUUUACUAAAUCAUGGAAUAUCACACAUGUAAGUAAUAGCCCAAGAACAUCUUUUUGUUUUGCUUGUUUGUACUCUGAUCACUCUGUUGAUUUACAGGGCUGAGACAGUACAAUGGCCUGUGUGGUUGUUUAUUUACAUAUACAUAUCAGACUGCAAGGCUUUCCUUCACUGUUUAGAUUUAGCAUGGGAACUAAUCAUUUGAAUGCCUUUUUGUUUCCAGACAUCAAGCCCCUUUCAUUUCAGGAAUUUGUUAUUGCUUGUUGUAUAUAUGCAACAGAGAUAGUGCUCAACUAUACACACAAAGUCCAAUGCUUUCAUCAGUCAGAUGCCCUGUAGAUGGCAAGUGGUGUUACAGUUGAGGUUUUCUGUGCUAUAUAAAGUGUGUAAAGCCUGAUUUGGGCAUAGUAUUAUUUAUAAAGUGCUCAUAGCAGCUGUCCUUGAAAUGUGGAGUAAGUGAUUAUUUCUCUCCCUUGACAAAACAUAAAUAAGUGUACCUUUUUUUUUUUAACUUCUUUUUUUCAUAUUGCCUACUACUCAAAAAUAUUAAAAUAUUUGGUCCAGAUCUAAUUGUCACAACCCGGUUAUAUAAAAUACACAAAAUCUAAUGAUGAUAAAAGCAGCCUAGAACAUCUGAGGAUGAGAAUUUGGGAAAUAACAUUUUGAUCCCUGUUGAGCUUUUUUUCUUUAAUACAUCCAAUAAAUAUACUUCAGAUUAUACUGCUACUAUUUCUGCAUACCAUUUCUUUUCCUGGAGACAUAGUGUUAAUUCAGAAAAAGGUAACAGAACCACUACUAUCUGAAACACAUCCGGCAUCUCCAGAGCUGCAGAAUCCAGAUUCCAAAUCUGCCAGUCAUUAAUUGACUGAGAGCGUUGGCUGAGCUUUCUCAGCCAAUGAAUGACACUCGGUACAAAUAAUGUGCACAGAAUUGGAUGAUGACGUUGCAGGAGUUUGACUUACAUCUCUGACAACAAUCUAUUCUAAAAUAUCUCUGUGGAGGAGAUCAUACAGAAAUGUGCACACACAGAUUUCAUGCACCAUGGCCACUCCAAAACAAGUGUGUAUAUCAUGCUUGUAGACUUUGCACUUGUUAAAUUGGCUCUUUUUUCUAUUAUUAUUAUUUAUAAAGCGCCAACAAGUUCUGUAGCACUGUACAACCUAUCUGCCACAAGUUUUAAUCUUGCAGAGAAUUUGGCAGCCGGAAACAUUUUAUGUCUAACAUUGAACUACGUCCAUGACUGGUUAACGAGACUCUCAUUAAAUCUGGCGACACAUUUUUAUAAUUGGCACAAGCAGUUUCUCUGUUUAGCUGUGGAAUUUAAACAAAUAAAAAUUAUCUACUGGCAACCAACUUUUCCUAAAACAAAAUAAUUUCGGAUUAGAAAGUUUGGGGACGAGACUCCUACCUGGACAUAAGCAGGGUUAUUCACUAAACACCAAGUCAUUUUUCCAAAUUAAAUACAAAUGGAAAAACAGGUAUAAGAAAAAUUCUUCAACUCAAUGCUAUAGUCACAGCUGGCUAUUUUUGUUUCAGUUUUUCAAUUUGUAUUUAAUUUGAUAAAAAUUUGGAGUUUAGUGUCUUACCCUCUCGGCUGCCCCAUAGUGUUUGUGGUGGCUAGGUGUAAUGAUUGUGUGUGUGUGUGGUUUUGUCUAGGUGUAAUGUGUGUGUGUUGGCUGUAUGUAAUGUGUAUGUGGUGUGUUAGUGGCUAUUUGUAGUGUGUAUUUGUGUGGUUAGGCACAGAGGUGCAGACCUCAGUAAAUGCUUCUUACGGUUCCAGCUCUCACGGAGUCAAAGUGCAGGCUGAUAAUCCCAGCAAUUGUGCCCUGACUCAUUACAGAGUGCUGGACCGCAAGGAAGCAAUAACUGUGGCCUGCUCCCACGUUGGGUGCAGAUCACACACUCCAAACCCAGGCCCUGUCCUCCAUAUAGGAGCUCUGCCUCUUGUCCACUGCAAGGCUAAAGGCCAGUAGUAGAAACACUCUGAACACCAUAACCAUUUCAUCUCAAUUAAGUUAUGGUGCCAGUAUUUCGUUUGUUCUAUCUUUCCUUUCAAUGAUCGACAAUUUUAGAAUAGCUUAACACAGAAGUAGUGUCCACAGGUGUCUGUCACAAUGCCUCUACUCUGCUGCUUGACUAAUGCGGAAUGAUUUGAUUGAGCAGCAAAAUAGUGCCCAUAAUAGGCUGAUAGCAUUACUGGCCACCAAAGGAGAGGCAGAAUGACGGCUCCCUCAGAAAAUACAACUAGAAGGUAAAACUGCUCCAGGGAACUCCAGUCACAAUAACAACCUGAUUGAAACAAUAAUAAUAACAUUGGGAACAAGCCCUAACUGUGUAUCUCUUUACAAAUGUUAUUGAAAGUUUUGUAUCUUAUUUGCUGUGUAUUUUGUUUUCUUUAUAGUAAAGUGAAAAUUUGAGCAUUGUAAAGAUGGCGUCCUGCUUGUUUGAGUGCCUGUGUGAAGCAGAUCUGGAUAAAUACUACCCUCGUUUUAUAGCUGUUGGACUGCAGAAAAUUGAGGAGUUGGCGAAGAUAACAAUGAAGGAUUACUCCAGGUUGGGAGUUCACAGCAUGGAGGACCGAAAGCGCCUUUUCCAGCUUAUUAAAAUUAUCCAGAGUGUUUCUGAAGUAGAUAACCAUGAGAGCACCCCUUUACAACCUGGCUGUGUCUAUCUCCAUCCCUCACUACAUCGCUCUGGUACAAGGCGGCAGCUGCACUUUGAUUCGUCCUUCGAGAUGGACAGAAAUGUCUGUGCACCAUCUAAAAUAUGUGGCUUGUCUGACACUUAUUCCCUGAAACGCCCAGGAGAACUAUUUGAAAUGCAUCUGGUAGAUGAUCCACAUCACACUGGAAAAAUUCCCACAUUAGAUAUCGAUGUUGAGACUUCCUGCCGAGCAAAAGAUCACAAUCCAAAAACCUGUUCUGUGAAAAGCAUAGGCUUAAGUACAGUUGACAGUGAUGCCCCCAUUAUUCACAGGGUAACUCAUGUGUCGGGAUACAACUAUGGAGUUCCCCAGACCUGCUCAAGGUAAUAACAUGCCAGUGAGAAGGGCAAGAAACCUACAUUUUGAUGAACAGCAUAUGGUUGUUGUUGUGAAUAAUAGGAUAUAUAAUUAAUGAACUGCUGGAGAAUAUAUCUAGUUAUACAAAAAGCACAAACGGCUAUGUAACAUAUAUUCAUAUAAGCUAGUUAUUCACACAUUUCUAGAAUACAAUAUUUAUAGAUGGGCAUGUAAACCACAAUAUAGUAAAAAAAAAAAAAAAAUGAUCCACUGUGUUUAUUCCAUUGUCUGAUGACUUGUGUGAUAGGCAUGCUUUAUGACUGUGUUAAAAUGCCAUUCUCUAUUCUCCUUUUUAUUGAGCUGUGUUUAGAUGGUAUGCACCUAUCUUUUAUAUCGCCCUCCUUGCCACUUUUAGCCAAUCAAACGUUUUCUCUAUGGGAAAGCGUUGGAUUGUCUGAAAUCCUAAAUUCUGAUUGUCAGCAAGGAGGCAGAUUGUGGGUGAGGCCAGCGCCGGCAGACCCGCACCUUACCUUUUUAAAGGGGUUAGCGGGGGGGGGGGGCAAGCCACCAAAGUGGUGGUUUUAUAGGGUCAGGAAUACAUGUUUGUGAUUCAGUGCAUUUCUAAAAGGAGGUGCUGAUUGGCCAUGCCAAUGUUUGGUUCUGCCCCUGUCCCGCCCUUCUUAUCGAUUUUAACCAAACCACUGCUUUCCCUGUCCAUUAUUAACCUGUCCUAUUGUGACAGGUCCUAACAGUUAUUUACUAAAGUGACAGUUUCCUGAAAAUUAGAUUGAAUUUAAUAUUUAAGGCCAAAAUAGGUAAUUUUGGUCUAAAAUUUUGAAAACUGAACUUUACAUCAAAGUAUAACUAUUAUCCCAGGCGACAUCAUCUUGACAUAUCCUUGCUACUCCUCACUUUAGCGAGUAACACUGAUUUUCUUAAUGAGAGAUCAGUAACUUUAAACUCCUUAAUAUUUCUUUGGUUUUAAGUGGCAGUACAGAUCUACUAAUUUCAAAAUGCAAUUUAACAUCCUACUGGUAUACCACAAACAUAGACACCUGUAUGUCUUUUUCUUUUUUCUAUGAAGCGUGUGUGCAAGUGUGUGUGUGUGUGUGUGUAUAUAUAUAUAUAUAUAUAUAUAUAUAUAUAUAUAUAUAUAUAUAUAUAUAUAUAUAUAUAUAUAUAUAUAUAUAUAUAAUUAUUAUUAUUAUUAUUAUUAUUAUUAUUAUUAUUAUGUAUGUAUACACACACAAAAACAUCACUCCCAUGCAUCAUGUGCAUAUUUAAAAUUGGACUUUGAGAAGUCCUUACUGGGCUUGUUUUCUCAACUAUCCCAGAGUUCAGAGCUUAACAUUCAAAUGAGCACAUAAAGGCAUCGUGUUUCAGACUCUACAUUGCUUUUCUUGCAAAUAACCUUAGCAAUGAACGCUGUUUUAAACACAGCUAUUUUGAAACUAAAGAAUUGGAUAUGAUCCAAAGUGAAAAAUGAACAGAAAGCAGACAUAGACUGCAGUUUCAACCCUGUGGGUUUCAUCAGCAUGGCACUGGUUCUGGCUUGGAAUCGGUGAGAUCAUAUAGCUAGUUUCCAAAAGGAUUGUGGCAAGGCCAAGUACGAUAAACCCCUCCCAUAGUGCAAAUAGAAAAAUGACUGCUAUGUAUCAUCUCUAUAUCUUAAGUUGGACUCUGAGGACCCCUUCUUUGCCAUAGAAACACAAGAAAAUGUUUCCAAUCUGCUCACUGAUCCUUUUGGAUCAUAGCCCAUACUUUGGUUUUUAAACCAAAAAAAAAAAAAAUGAAGAAAGCUGCCCAACUUUAAAACAGUGCCCAUUGAGCCCUGGCUAACGGACAGGAACAUCCCUCCUUUUGGAGGAACCCGACUGAUCCUCACCCACAAAUCCUGUACAACCGUCACAGUAAUGCUGCUACAAGACUGCGUUAUUUCAAUUGAAGUUAGUUUUACAACAUAUUGUACUUCUAAACUCUGUCAUGACCUUUUGUAUGUUAUUGUUCUUAAUUACAUAAAAACUCAUAAAUAAUCUUUACAAAUAAAGCAAAAAACUGCUAAGGGUAUCUGCAGUAACACAGUAUGAAAUCUGAAACACGAUGCCAGCUUAUUUGUAUGUCAAACUAACUCUUAUUCCUAUGCCCAAGUGGGACUUCUCAAAGUCCAACUUGAGAAAUGCAGGUUAUUCAUAACAGUAAUUUUGUAUUUGCACUGUGGGGAAAUUUGUUGUGUUUGUUCUUACCACAAUUAUUUUGUACAUCUAAUGUACUUGAUACAUUCAAUUAGAGGUGUUUUUUUUUUUCUUUUUAUUUCCUGAUCACUUACCUGUCAGAUCUAGCGCCUCAGAAAAAGAUGGACCUUGGACAGAAACGGAUAAAAUAAGAGUGUGUGUCCGCAAGCGCCCUCUUGGUUUGAGAGAAGAGAGACGAGGGGAAUUAAAUGUUGUUACAGUGGAAAAUAAUGAGACUAUAUUAAUUCAUGAAAGAAAAGAAGCAGUCAACCUCAAGGAAUAUAUUCUCCAGGUAUAGCAUAUAAUAAAAACUAUAAAUGUGUCCAGUGCUUUUGUGUUACAUCUAUAGAAACAUAGAAUGUGACGUCAGAUAAGAACCAUUCGGCCCAUCUAGUCUGCCCAAUUUUCUAAAUACUUUCAUGAGUCACUAGCCUUAUUUUAUAGUUAGGAUAGCCUUAUGCCUAUCCAACGCAUGCUUAGCUAUCUUGAAUAAUGUCUUAUGUUCGAAUUUAUUUUUAAUUUUUUUUCCUUUCCACUUGUAUUCCCACUAAAGGCAUGGCAUAAUAGCUUUUCACUGGAAAAUGCCUUCAUAAUAUAUAUUACCGGUACAUUGUGUAAUUUUACUUGAACUAAAAUCAGUUUCUAAUGGAUCCUUUUGUAGUGAUGUUUUAUUUAAUUAAAACAUAAAUAAAGAGUUUCUAGAUGCUAAAAUGGUGUAACCGGAUACCUGUAUUAUAAAAAAGAACAUAUUACUACUUUAGAAGGAAUUUUAUGCAAAUGAACAAUCUACCUCAUUCUGAGCUAGUGCAGAGUCUCAGUAUGGUAUUUAUUUCCUAUACCGUCCAACACUGGUACAAGAUGGGGUAAAUAAUGGUUCAGAAGGUGACUUGUGGCAGCAGGUGCGUCAGCUAGACAGUCAAGCUAAAAUGGCUUUGUGUAGCUGCUUUACAGGGUUUUCUGUUUUCCAAUAAAGUGGAAAAACAGAGAAAUUAAAGAACAUCAGGACAGGGGUGUCCCAUAUUUGUUAUUGACCCAUUGAAUCAGGGAAUGUUCGGAAGUAUGUUUAUAUUAACGACACAAAAACAUCCAGUCUCUGAUAAAUUUUUUAUAAAUAGUACACCUUUCAGAGUUAAUUUCACACUUUCUGCCUGACCUUCCAGUGUAAAUCUGGCAGAAAUUUGAAUAUACAAAACAUUCUUUAUUUUACUUUGUACACUUUUUUUUAAGCCUUGUUAAAUUAAUUUUUUUCAUUGACAAUAUUCUUAUACUUUUUCAGCAUGUAUUUUAUUUUGAUGAAGUCUUUAGUGAAACGUUCAGCAAUCAGGAUGUGUACACGAAGACAGCUUAUCCUCUCAUUCAGCAUGUUUUUAACGGGUAGGGAUAUUGCCUCAUUUCAUUUAUUGUUUCAGUAUCUUUGUUACACCAUCUCAAAACAUGUUUUGUUUAGCUUUCAUUUUACACUGUUAUUCUAUAUAGGACUUAUUAGGACAUUCAAUGAAACAAGCAGAUUGUUUCGUAAGAUGUAAUACCAGCACCAAUCAUUUGUUUAAUUGGCUGACCAAGAAAAUGUUAUUACAUUUAGAUAGCAACAAUGUUUUUUAUAACUAGGAUAAGAACAUUUAAUGUUAAAGAGCCAAGCAAUGCAGUACAAAUGCAUUUUAUCCUGACUAUAGGAGCACUCCAUAAUGAAAUUUACCCAUUUAUUUUUGUGUUCAUAAUACAUAAAAAAAUACAUUUGAGGAAAAAAACAAACAAUCCAAAAUAAUAAUUUAAACUACCUUUUAAAGAAACACUAUAGCGUUGGGAAUAUUAAUAUGUAUUCCUAAAGUUAUAGUGACCUGCUCACAAUUUAGGAAGCAUUGGGAAGCUAGUGUGCAUGAACGGCAAAAUGCUGGGCUUGCACCAAUUAAAUGGUCUCUCAGAGCUCAUCUGAUUCAAAUAGCAAAAUGAAUUCUGCUAUUUCAGUGGAAGCACUUCUAGUCAGCGUGACAGCCAUUAGAGGCGUUUUCAGCUGCAGGAUUAAAAUGACAGCGGCAUGGCACCCAGAUACUUUGUUGAGAUGAAGUGGUCUGGGUGACCACAGUGUCCCUUUAAAAGCUGUUAUUGUUCUGUAAAUCAUACACAUUACAUCAUAAGCCCUAUACUUGGCCUAGUUUAUGAGUAGCGUUUACUGUAAUUCCUUGAAAUCUUUGCUGUGCUUUGUGAGGUAUGAAACUUUUUUUAACAUGCAACAUGCAAAAAAAAACCCAAAACUAUAUAAACUUUGACAUGCAAAAUUAACUGAUAGGUAUUGAGGACAAAAUGUAUAAUUUGUAUUUAUAAUGCAUUAAAGGGAAAACUGACAAACUUACCUUUCUUUAAUCGCUUCCUCUUUUCUUCCUCUCUCAGGAUCUGUUCUCCGUUUCUUCCUAUCUGAACUAGUCUUCUUUAAAACCUAAGACUACUUUGUCUUAUGUAUUUUUCCUACGCUAUGACCAGCAGAGGAGCAAAGUGUGCUCCAUUCCCUGUGGUCAGAGAAAUUUUCCCACAAUUCUCACCUUUCCUCCGUGAUCUCGUGAUGCUUCUUGUCAGUAUUCCCGAACGUCCUGUCAUUUAGACAGAAUGCCAGCGAAACUACAGAAUUGCAUCCUAACAGAAUGAGAACAGUUUGUUCAUUCAUGUUAAGACGGCAUUCGGUACUUUUAGGUCGGUUCAAAAUUUCAUUAGAAUGAAUGAAAUUCCCAUCCGAUUUGUGCCACGGCUGCAUCUUGCAGCCACUUAGUAGAUGGCUCCCUAAUUCCCACGAUGUUAGGGAGCUAUCUACCAAAAGGCUGAAAGACCUAAAUUGGUCUUUCAGCCAACUUCACUAAUACUAAGUAAAGAUUACUUGGUAUAAGUGAUUAAUCUGCCCCUACUCACUAUGCCGUGAGUAGGAGCAUGUCUACUAAACAGUGAGGAGCCAGUGGCCCCCCCGCUAGUUAAUAGAUGUCCCACCAUGGGCAUAGCGGCAGGGUCAUUCGGGAGGUUUCAGUCUCCCUUCUGCUGAUAUGGAGAUCAAUAUGACCCCCAUAGAGUGAGGGAGGACAUGGGGGAGACUUAGGAAGCUGCGCGCCUGUAGCUCCUUCCUCGUAAUAAACUGAAUGAACGAACACCGAUAUUUGGUGUUUGUUUGUUUGUCUGAAACUUCUAUUCAUUCCUUUGUCUUUCUGACGAAUGAAUGAGUAGAGAAAAUUCCCGUAGCGAAUGCCCAAGUGUUUUACUGGGAAUUUCGCAGCGCUAUCUAGUGUGGGCAGAUGGCGUGUCCCACAUGGACUUCAUCUACCCACACAAAGAUGGCGGCACCUAGGUCCAGGCACAAAAUAAAGAUUAAAAAAUAGGUAAUAUGGGGGGCUUGUGGGUGACUAGGUGGACAAUUGGAUGUAGUGGAGUCGGGAGAGGGGUUAAAAAAAAACUGGUUUCGGCCAUGACAGUGCCACUUUAAAGUGUACUACUGUCUGAAUUGUCCCUUUAAGAGCCAGAAGUAAAUUUAUAAGAGUUCUAGUAUCCACAUUUUUGUGAUUUUUUUCCAAACUUACUCUUUGUUCAAGAUCUAGUUAUGUUACAAAAAAAGAUAGAGAUCGGUGAUAACAUAACUGUAUUGAUUAAAUUUUUUGUAUUUUUAUUGAUGAUUAAACCAUUUGAUUUCAGAGGGAAUGCUACAUGCUUCGCUUAUGGUCAGACAGGAGCUGGUAAAACAUAUACCAUGAUUGGUACUCAUAAAAACCCCGGCCUCUAUGCUCUGGCUGCAAAGGACAUCUUCCAGCUUCUAGAGGCUGAAAAAUCAAUAAAGGACUGCAGUAUUUGGAUCAGUUUUUAUGAAAUCUAUUGUGGGCAACUGUAUGACUUGCUUAAUGGAAGAAAAAGGUACAGGAAUUGUAAUUAUACUGUUGCUUUUGGCUUUUCUCUCCCCAUAAUCUGUCCUUCUUCCCCCUCCAUACCACUAGCCUUCCCCUUCUCCCCAUCAUACCCUUCUCUACAGAUUACUUCAAAUGGUCAUUUUUAAUGCAGAAUAAUAGUUUCAAUCAUCAAUAUCUUUAUGUAUUAAGAAAUCAACUGUGUCCCCUGCCUAUUAGAUAAAGUUAUACUACUAGUAAAUUAUAACAUUCACCAUAUUUCUCUUUGUAACGGAUAUUUGACUGGCAUAUGCAUGUUUCAUCCACUUUGUGCAAUCUUUAUUCACCAUUCUCACAGGUUGUUUGCAAGAGAAGACGGUAAACAUGUAGUACAAGUUGUUGGACUGCGUGAAGUGCAAGUCAGAAGCGUUGAAUUACUGCUUGAGGUAUGUUAUUGGCUUAGCCCUUAGUAUAUGGUAUUUUGAAAUACUUACCUGAAGAGAAGAGUACAUACGUGUAAGGUUCAGUCGACUGUUUGGAUUUCUAUUAAUGUUGCCUCAGAAGGAAUUAAGAUGGUGUUUUCUGGGCAUGUUGGCUGUGUGAAUAGUUUUUUCAAGUUGUAUCUUUUUCCAACUUUGACCUUGCUCUAUAUUUCUUUUAUUGAUCCUAACCCAUGCCUUAAAGCGGCUCUGUCACCUUCUGGGGAUAUUGCGUGUGUUACAAAGACGCCUCUUAUGGUAACCGUUGGCAGUGAGGUGGGCAGUGAGGUGGGCACAGGGUCAAGGGAAAGGUGAGUUUUAUUUACCUGAACCUGUCCCUUGGGUCCCCUGCCAUCUUCUUCAAGCUUUAUCAUCUUCCUGACGCUUCAUCUGGCAGGAGUCCACAUCAGUGCUGUACUCUAGUAAAUGCCUUAGAGUACAACAUUCUUGCAUAUCCUACAAGACUGCAGGAUCCUCAAUCGACAGUGCCUUUUUACCAUCACCUGUCACUAGUGACAGCUGAGGGCUUACAAAGCUUGACAGUGGUGGCUCUUCCUUUUUGUCAAGCGUAGGAAACCUACAUAAGCCAUAGUAGUCCCAAAUUUAUCUUAUAUCGUUUGACUAAAUUGCAAUUGCAAUGAAAUUCCAAGACAGUCUUUAUGAGCUGCUUUAAAAUUGUUCUCUCCAAGCUUUUUCCUUAUUGUCUGCCUAUUCCAAGCCUUUGCCUAGCUGUUUGUCUAUUUACAGCCCUUGCAUUUUGUCUGCUUAUUAAAUUGUAUUUAUCCUCUUAUUUGUGUUGUUAGUUUUGAAGAAUGAAAUGUUUGGUGGUCUAAAAACCUUUUUAAACACAAGGAAAGUCCUCAAACCCACUGUUUCUACUUAAUAAUUGGGAAAACACAAAACCUGCUUUCAGCUGUACAUCACUGCAAGUGUUGGUUGAGAAAGACACAUUAAUGUUUAACUUUAAUAAAAAAUUUCUCUUUUAUAGGUUUUACUUCCUGCGUUAGCAAAACUGGUAUUUUAAUGUAUUCAGCACCAUUAUUUAUCCAGCAAAGUCAACGGCUUGUGACACAUCUCCAUGUCAUUUUUCAUUUGUAGAAACUACAGCAUUUGAUAUAGCUUUCUAAAAUAUUUACAGCUUAGAAAAUACCAUGUUUGUAAUACUAGAUUGCAUGUGGAUUCCUAUAGGUAUUUAUAAUUCCCUUGCUGAGCAUGAUGGGAAUUCCAGUACAUUGCAGCGUUGAGAGCUUUGGAUUCACUUUCUUCAUCCAUGUCUACAGCCAACACUAGUUGUUAUUGUACUUGUAAUGUGACUGACCCAUUUUUAUAUUUUUAUUUAUUUAUUUGUGUGUCUUCUGUUUUAAUCAUAUGUGCAGAUGAUUCUGAAAGGCAGCAAGGAACGCAGUACAGGGGCCACAGGGGUAAAUUCUGACUCAUCCCGCUCCCACGCAAUCAUUCAGAUCCAGAUCAAAGGUGCAGGAAACCGGAAAAUGGGAAGGUGAGACUCAAAUCCUUUUUAAACCCUUCCAAUAUCUGCUUUUAUCUCUGAUGACUGAUGUAUGGAUUACCAGUGGUAUGUAAACACAUUUUUAAUGGUUGUUUCUCUGGGAGGACCUGUUCCUAUUGGAAAACUAGAAAGGCUGCAAGAUAAGUUUACCUCAUUGAAGUGGUCUGCGUGCAUUGUCCCUGUCACCAUAACCCUGGAACCUAAAAUAUUGCAUUUUCAGAAAAACUGCAAUAUUUACAUGUCAGGGUUAAGACUGCCUCUAGUGGGGGGAAAAGUGAACUGCAUUACAAUUAUACAUGUUCGUAAAGUGCUGUAUCACUUAUAACAGAGGGUUAGUAAAGAGCUGAUUUUUAUACCACAUAAUGACAGGGUUAGAGCCAAGCUACAUCACUGAUACACAGAGUUAGUAAAAAGCUGAACUAAAUUAUAUUUGAUUUUUUUUUUUUUUUCUAGAAUAUCGUUUAUUGAUCUAGCCGGGAGUGAAAGGGCAUCUGAUGCCAGAGAAUCUGAUAAACAAACCAAGAUGGAAGGAGCAGAAAUAAACCAGAGUCUCCUUGCUGUAAGUUGUGCUUCGUAAUCCUUAUUACAGAAUCCUCCUGUUGCUUCCUUUCCUUUUUUUUUUUUUUUUUUUUGUAUACUGAUAGAUUCAAGGAUAGCAAUAUAAGGUGGGGUAUAUGCUGGUCUUAUUAUAGUAGAAACAAAUUUCUCUCCCAGGGAUCUAUUCGGUUCCUCAAGAUUUCUGCUAAGACACUUAAAAUGGCAGCUCUCUACUCCUGCACCAUAAAGUGUGUGUUGAGGGGGAAACUUUAUUAAUGCCAUAACCUUGGUUCUUUCUGUUCAAGUAGCUAUUGCACUUGUCGAUUUAGAUUAAACAGGCAUAUGGUGUAUUAUAUAUCCAUUGAACCUCUUCUUCUCUUUUAAUGCUCUUUAGCUGAAAGAAUGCAUCCGUGCCCUGGACCAGGAGCAGGCACAUACUCCGUUCCGGCAAAGCAAGCUAACACAGGUAAUGUUGGGGACGUUUGUGUAAAUUCUAGGCUCUCUGACCUUAAAAUGAUUUCAUCUGACGCCUGCUGGUUUCUGUAUUCAAGUAUGGAAAAAUGUCCUAAGAAAAUAUAGUGUGUAAAAUGGGAAUUACAUAUUUACAUUGUCAUAAUCUUUGUACGUGAUUUGUGAAUUUUGAUUUCUUCCAAGUAAAUUAUACACGUAACUGCUAAGUGAGGGAAACCAUAACUUAUGUAUAUCAGGGUGCCCAAAAGGUAGAUUCCCAGAUGUUUGAAAACCGCCUCUUCUAUUAUGCUUUGUCAUUCUAAAGAAGGGAUAGACAACCUUCGGCACUCCAGAUGUUUUGGACUACAUCUCUCAUAAUGCUCUUACCCCCAUAAUACUGGCAAAGCAUCAUGGGAGGUGUAGUCCAAAACAUCUGGAGUCCCGAAGGUUGCCUUUGCCAUUCUAAAGACAUGCAAAGCAUCACGAGACUUGUAGUUCUACAACAUCUGGAGAACUACAUUUUGGGCACCUCUAAUGUAUAUUACUGAUUGAUUGAACUGGAAAAUACUUACAUACUUUUCGCAUUUUCUAAACUGUGCUUCACACACUCAUGUUCUUUUUUUUAUGUAUAGGUUUUAAAGGACUCCUUUAUUGGAAACUCCAAGACUUGCAUGAUUGCUAAUAUUUCUCCAAGUCACAUAGCUACCGAACACACACUAAACACACUGCGUUAUGCAGACAGGUAAGUUCAAAAUGAAAUGGAAAAUUUUAAUACUCAUGUCAAGGUAAUGUAGCCUUAUUGAGCCAUGUACUUUAUGCAAACAAAAUAAAUGUUCUUACCGUUUAGUGUCUCCUGUUGAUGCACAGUUUAUAGAAGAAAGUUGCACUUUAGGUCCACCCCUUCCAUAUCAAGAUAAGAUAUUUAGCUCUUUAUACAGGUCUUUUUGGGUCUAUGCAUAUCCCAUAAACCCCAGGCUUUAAGUAGUUUACACCCCAAGAGCAGUUAUUUCAUCACGUUGAGUGGCACCGCUCUGUACACUGCUGACAACCUAUAGUAGCUUUCGUAGCUUUUACAUGUAGUCCAGUUAACUAUGUUUUGAACCAGUCUGCAUGCGUGUGCAGUCUGCAGUUCCUCUCACUCUGUGGGAAAAGAGAGAGCUCAGCCCAAGAUGUGCAUGUGACACGUGCAGACUUCUUGGACAAAGCUAAUAUUAGGUAGCUGGAACUGAGGGUUUCUGUUAUCAGCUCUGAUGACUUUGAUGGGAUUUUCAUAAAUUGUGUCCGUUUUGUAAGCCACUCUCACAAGAUUCAGGGUACUUUCUCCACCAUCAGCUUAAAGGGACAAUUUAAUUUAGAGAGACCAUUAGGUUUCCUACUUUAAAUAAACAAUGAAUUUAAAAUGUUAUGCAGCGCAUCUCAUAUGGUAUAUGCAGUGUAACUGUGCAGUUAUUCUGUUUUGUUUUCCCCCCACAUUGGUGCCUAGCAACACCUCUAAAGCUCUGCAUGGAAACGCUGAACUUUCUCCAUAGAGAUGUUGAUUGAUGCUUUUUGCAGAUUUUUGGCUGAUUGUGGCGUUUUGCUGCACUUGCACAAUAGCCUCCCAAUUCUUUCCUAUGGGAAAGAACUGGAUUGGCUAAGAGAAUCAAGUUUUAUGAUCUCAGCCACGGAGGCGGAGCCAGCUGCGGUGAGACUGGCACAGCCUGGGAGAAAAGUUGGUUAAAAACACUUGUCACCUAAACAGCCACGUCAGAACUAUAGUACAUGUUUGUAUUCCUUACACUAUAAUGUUCCUGUGGUUUUUGUUCUGCUGUUGUUCCUUUUUUAUUUUAAAUAAACAGUAAACAUGGUUUUGUCUGUUUACCGUAUAUAUUUUUUAUUUCUUCCUAUUUUUAGGGUAAAAGAACUGAAAAAAAUGAAAUCUGCCACUUGCGUCAGCCGUGCCAGGGCACCCGCAUGUUUGUCUCCAAAACGUGUCCAAAAUUCUCCUUCAGUGCUUGGAGAAAAAAUCUCCCCUAAGAAAGUUAAAUUGGGACAACAAUCCACCUCAAACACAACAAAAAGUAAUCCAUGCUCAUCUGUCUUCCACCCCAAUAAUAUCCCACUCUCAUCUACUCCCAAAAUCCACAGUAAGGUAAAUAGUGUGAAAGCAAACCAAGCCUGGCUGAAUCACACUACUCCACUUAAAGGAAUUAUCAACUUGGGAAACAUUGUUAAAAAGAAGAAUGACAUUCUUCUUAACAAUAAGAAUCCAGUGGGCAUUAAAACUGAGAUUGUAAGUCCAUUAAAAGGAACUGUCCAGGAGGAUCCCAUUAUCUGCUACCAGCAGCCUAUAUCAAUGCAGAGAAUUCAAGCAGUGCCACCAGUACAGAAGCAAAUAGUUUCAAGGACUACAAUGUCCUUUGGAGACCAUAAAUUUAAUACACCUAUGCAUGAUGUUCAAAAUAGUGUAAGGCAAGCUGGCACAGAUCCAGGGAACUUAGGAAGACCAUCUGUACAGCAGAAAGAAAGAGAACAACAUCUACGUUCUUAUCACCAGCAAUUCCAACAUCCUCCCAUCCUCCAGCAUAAGCUGCACUAUCAACCGUUAGAAAAAAUAUUUGAACUAUAUAACCCACAGGAGAUUCACGUUGAGAACAACAGAAGUCCCCUGCCUCAAUCACCAUGUGAAGGAGCACUUCUCGAAGAUCUCGAUGACAGUGAUUUUAGUGAAGACUCCUUUUCAUAUGCCUCUACUAAUAAAAAAGGAGGGAAACGAGAAACUGCAUGUGAAAGACUUUCAUUUUUUCUUCACGAUGGUUCUCCAGGAUUAGAGAUCAGAAAACCAAACCAAUGCGAUCGAUUAAGCUUCAACUAUGGACAAUCAGAAGAAUUAAACCAAUGUGAUCCCUGGAAAUGCGGAAAUACAUUUGUUUCUUCAGAUGGGAAAGUUGAUAAAUGUGCAGAGAAAGAAUCAUUUUGUAAUUCUGAAGAUGAUUCCUGUGGUGUCUGUGAAUCUUCAAAGAGCAGCAAUACACCCGAAAAGCCAUAUUCCUCUCAAGAGGACCCAAUAAGUAAUUUAAAGAAAACAAAGCAUUUAUUAUCUACAAACAAUACUGCUAACGAUAUCACAGGGCAUUUAACUGAUUCAACUUCAUUACAAGAGACAGGUCAUCGAGGUUUAGAAACAAAGGAAAGCCGAAAAAGUGAAUCUGAAAAGACUGAAGAAACUUGUGACCAUCAGAGGACAUUAUCAGGGUCGGGCUCUGGGCUUAUGGCUCCACUAACUCUGUCUCUUCUGCAAGAUAACUGGUCAAUGGAACUUAUACAACACAUUAAAUCUCCUGAGUCUUCUGACAGGCAAAGUAGUGGUGCAAAUAAUUUAAAUUGUGACAAAGUCUGGACAGUUGGAACUGAGAUUGAAACAGCCAGUGACAGACCUAAUGAAAGCUCUCCUGAAAGUAAUUUAUUUGGUUUUCUAAAGCAGAUGCUUCAACAAAAUGAACUUGGGGAGAGCUUCUCUGGGUCACACAGUGGUUCAAACAGUCUCAUUUCAAUUGGUUCUCCACAGUUAUGCAAAGGACAUAGAAUGUCUGACAAAAUACCCAGAGAAGGAAAUGUAAGACCAUUUUCACUUUCUAAGUCAAGUAACUCCUUAAGCAGGGAUUCUUCUAUAGACUUUGCUAUUGGCCAAUGCAGUGAACAUCAGGCCAGUCCAUACUAUGAGGCAGACACAGAGGAGAGUACUGUUAAAAUUAAGAAUAAACAAAUCAGUCCUAAAUAUGAGGAACUUGCAUGGAAUAAGUCCAGCACAUCUUUCGAUUCUUUAGAAUGUACAAGUGGUCCAAAUGCUGUAAUUAAAAAUGGACAGCCAGAAUCCAGCAAUCCCGAAUCGGGACACGUUCAUCAACCAAAGAGUGAUGUUGAUGUAGAGAAAAAAUCUUUUAAAGAACACUUCAAGCUGACUAUUAAAGAUAGUGAACUGGAGCAUCUUAAAUCAACUCUUAUCAAAUGUAUAUUUUCAAAAGGAGGAGUUGGAGAAGAAUUGCUUCCAAGCUGUGUAAGCACAUCAGCUCAGAAUCUUAGAAACCCUACAGAUGGAAGCAGUCAGACACAACAAGCAAACCUUCACGCAAAGCACUUGGAGAAAGCCCAGUAUGUUUUAUUCACUAUUGAUUACUUUAACAUAUAUGUACUAUGUUAGUUCAAUAAGGGAAUCAGUCUUAAAGCCUAAACUCUUCCAUAAUCUGUAUGCCACUUCUUUUUUUUUUUUUUUUUUUAUCCAUCAUAACUUUUGGUAUUUGAACUUAAUGUUCUUAUAUUAUAGUGCGUAUGUGUGUAUAAAAUGCCAAGAAAUUCUGUAAUGUUGGAUACACUGAGCAAAAAAGCAACAGAACUUAGUAUGGUAGACAGAAUAAUAAAAACAAAAAAUAACAGUACAAUGUAUCACGAGUCCUGACCUCAAGCAAGGUGAGACACGAUCUGUGUCAAGGCUGCUUUCAGUUGGAAACCGUAGAAAUAUGUUUUCAAUUGUGGACAUUAUGUGGGUAUUAAUUUUGUAGAGUAGUGGAAGGAUUUGUAAGCUUCUUUACAGAGAUUAACUUUGAUGGAGUGUUUUGAAGGUGUUGAGGAACAAGGAGAGAUGGAGUUCACAUACAAGUUAUUUGCAGAUAUGUGAACAGCUCAACAAGUCUUGCAGUUCAACUUGUAGGCUUCUAAAUGUUUGGAAACUAUAAAAAAAUAAAGAUUGAGAGAGUUAAGAUAGUGGGGAAAAUAUGAAAAAAGACUGAAAUGAAUGAUUAAUUCUUAACUAGACUAACUGCCUGCACCAAUGAGUAAUGACCACCUUUUCUGCUCAGAGCACAUAGCUUGAUGAUCUGUAGUGCUUUGAGGGAAUAUUAAAUGCAAAAACUUACUGAACUAUGGUGUAACUGUGCAUUUGGUGAAAAGUUAGUACAAUUUUUGAUAGUUGGAAAUCAGCAAGUGAAGUUUUUUUGAGUUUGUGGUCAUAAUUCUUCUGUCUUGUAAUGAUAAAUGCUUCAAAGUUUUGAGUGGUUUGCCACGAACUUACUUGCACCAUGUGCACGUACUGCCCCUUCGUCGAGUUGCGGGAGCCGAACGAAUUGCUCAGCUGCACGGCUCCACUCCCCAGGUCGCACUGACCAAACACUUCACGCAGCUGUGCAACCUAAACAGGGAAAUAAAUAUACUUGCCAACCGGCCUGUGCGAACAGCUCCCUCUGCUGGUUUGUGCGGGCCAAAAUCCACACUUGCGGUUUCUUCCCUGUACAAAUAUAGCUCUCAAUGCUUUUUGAUUAUAACAUUUGUGUGAAAACAGUUUUAAAAUAAUAUCUAGGCUGAAUACCUGUUAGAUAUUUAAUAUAGAGAUGGUGGUUUUGGAAAGUUUAGUUGAUUCUAAAGUGUUUGGUCAUGGUUUAAAUUGGUUUUGAUCAUGUUUAAAUUAUUAGCUGCUCAUUUUGUCAGUAUAGUUUGAUGUAUAUCAUCCAUAGUUUGAAAUAAAAGAUUAUGCACGCUGACAACAUAUGCAGCUUACCAGACUGUGUAUGGAAGCUUAUAACAAACAGUGGCACACUCAACUGCAGUUGGAAUGGAUGGCUGUGUCCUUAUUACCAGAUUGGUAAAAAUAAAAAGGAGAAGAGAGACAGGAAUACACCCAAUAUGCAAUCAAUAAUAGCCUUCCAGCUGAAGUGGUAGAGGUUAACACAGUAAAGGAGUUUAAGCAUGCGUGGGAUAGGCAUAAGGCUAUCCUAACUAUAAGAUAAGACUAGGGACUAAUGAAAGUAUUUAGAAAAUUGGGCAGACUAGAUGGGCCGAAUUGUUCUCAUGUGCCGUCACAUUCUAUGUUUCUAUGUAAUAGUUCAAAGAAUCAGUAUGUUCUUGUAAUAUUUAUAUACUGCUCUAUGGCUCACAGAGUUGCAGUAUAAUGGCACAAUACAAUAAAUAAACAUGUACAGUGGAACCUCGGAACUCGAACUUAAUCCGUUCCAGAAGGCUGUUCGAUUUCUGAUGUGUUCGGGAACUGAAUCAACAUUUCUCAUAGGAAUGAAUGGAAAUUUGAUUAAUCCGUUCCAGACAUAUCAUGUACCACAUUUGAUCAUGUACAUCCAAUCCUUCAUGACUACUGUAUCGCCAACAUGCAGUCACUACGGUAUUUGUGUUCACUUUUACAAAGAAAUCUGCCAGCCACCCGAAUGCCUAAUGUGGAACAGUGGUGUCACAAAAGAUUGCUCAAUGGGCACUCACCUCUAUCAUGACCCCCAAGUUGCUGCCACUCAUGUGGACAGGACUCAUCAAGUCAUAUUUUCUAGCUGUCAAAGGCUGACCUGGCAGAUGGCUCCCCUGCACUUACACAGAGUCCACUGCAGAGAGCGACAGCCACCGCAAGGGCACUGCCCAUCGAAGUCGAAACGCCGACACAAGCAGCUUGUCCACCAUAUCCUUGAACCUCCCCAUAAUACUGCCUGACUUCUGAUACUCAAGAAGAACCAGCAAGUGUCACUGCUUAAGAUUACCAUAGAGGUAAAUGCCGCGUGAUGUGUUCAGGUCCCGCUGAUCGUUUGUGUACCGAGACAUUUUGAACGCAAAAUUUUUGUUUGAAUUCUGAAUUGUUUGGGAACGUUCAAGUUCCGAGGUUCCACUGUAUUUAAAACUACUCUGUGAUGAGAUGCUACUUUCAGGAUUAGUAAAUAUGUGAAUGUAUCCCAUUGAAUGCACAACAAAUACAGUGUGUGUUGUUUUUUUAAAUUAAAUUUUAACUUUUGUAACUUUAUAGGCAACUUGUUGUAAAGGCACACCGUGAACAACUGGAUGAAAUUGCUGCUUUGAGCUCCAGGGAAGAGAUACUGCUGAGCCAGUUCCCACACUUGGUAAGUUCUUCAGCUCUUGAUAACUGAAUCAAUCUAACAGGACAUUCUACAAGCCUGGACCUACAUCAAACAUAGUGAACAUAGGUUUAUCAAUCUCCAUGGCUUUUAUUUAAUGUGAAACCCUACUGGUGUUAUUCCAUUAACAAAGAAUUGGGGAGAAUUAAGAAGGGAUUGCAAAUUUAAGGCCAGAGGAGCUCAGUUGGAAAAAUACCAGAGUUGGAUCAUUUUCUACAUUUUCUUCCUAUUUUGACAUAAAAUCUGUGCAUCUCCAUGGGCAUAUUCUCCAUGAUUAUUGGUUCAGUGAUUAACUCUGAGUAAUGCCAUCUUACAGUGCCCUCAUUCACAGUGACUGAUACCAGGCCUACGAGCAGGGAAAAUAGGUAAGAUGGGCAAUAAACAAACAUAUACUUGUGCCCUCCGCUUCACUUUCUUUCAGGAGCUGAAUGCAAAUUAGCUGUUAAGUAGUUUAUACUGAGAUCCAGAGUACCAUGGUGUUGCACACAGAGGAAUGAACUCUGAUGUGAAAACCUGAAAAGAAUCUGUAAAUUUUGUUUAAAUAUUCUAAAAGUCGAAGGGAUUUUUUUUUGCUUUAUUUAUUAAUGUAAUCUAAAUGUCAGGGUGUUGGUUUAAAUUAAUUGUCGUUUUCUUAUUGUGUUACAGGAUUUUAAGGAAUAUGUGGCCAAACUAGAUGAAAUCCUGGUGUUGAAAUCAAAAUGUAUCUAUAGUAUGCGGGCACAGCUACAGUUGUUUAUGGCCUAUCCACAGACUGCAAAACCAGCAAAUAGGACCUCGGCAUCCUAGCUGCUCCCAUGGCAUCAAAAUUCAUCAGUGAAUUUCUAUGCAUGUAACUGCCUCCAGUAAAUUGUCUGUAAUUCUACAUUCACAGAAUCCUUCAGGUCAAAGCAGUUUAUACAUUCUUACUGUAACUGGGUGAAACUGUGAAAACUUUUAACAGUUGAUGCAAAUAUAUUUCAGGAUUGAGCCAUCCAAAUGGUAAAUGUGCACAGGUUGUACUGGCAUACAGUACCAUGUAAGUUAUUUGCCACAUUUGCUACAAUCUGAAAUUAAAAUAGUUUUUUGAUAAAAACACCUUUUUUAUUGUAGCACAAAGAUUAAGUAACCAAAAAGGGCAAUUUUUAAUAGCCAUAGAAUUUCCUUCUGAGAAUUAUUACCCUGCAUCUACCAGCAAUUUACUGCUGCCUUUUGGGGUAAAUCUUGAACAGUUUUCUAUUUUUACAUUUUUAUACCAAGUCUUAGAACCGAUUUGCUCACGCUCAGUCAGGUUUUGGCAGGGGACUAUUGCUAAGCAAUUUACUACUUGAUUGAUCAUUGCUAGUCAAAUCCAACUUCACUCUAUGGUUGCCUGACCAGAGUUAUGAGAUCAUGUUAUGCUACACAAAACGAACAGGAUAUAUUUAAUGUUGUUUGGCAGGUCAGUACUUGAUGCGAGACACCAUAUUGCCGUAUUUGGGUUUUAUUUAUUUUAUUUAAUUGGUUUAUUAUUUAUGGUUGUCUUUUUAAAUGCCCCUUUGUGUGAUGUCUUUUUGUAUGAUUUUUUUUUAUUUUUUUUUUUUUAUGAAUUGUGAUUAGAUUGUUAUUGUUCUAAUCUAGUUUAAGUUCUACAUUUUACUUUCCUUUUUGAAUCUGGGAAAUCUUUUUGCUUUGAACAAUCACUUUAAAGUUGUUUUUUGUUUUUUUUCCUUCCAUGAUUCAAUAACGUAUAUUCUGUGCAAUGUUAAGUUCAAAAAGCCAGCCUUUCAAGAGUUAAAUCUAUUAACUCAUGAAUAACCUGCAUAACCAAAAAUGUUAGCUUGUGCACUGUCACAAAUCCCUAUGCAUAUAUUUUAAUAACCAAGGUGUUUAGUAUCCAUUAACUAAUAACCUGAAUAUCAUGUGAACUAAUCCUCAAAGUCUAUAUUCUAUGCCUGACAGGGCUAUUCAAUGUGAUAUCAAGAGAAUGCCAUUGGCCGGGGAGUUGAACAUUUUAGGCCAAAACACUGGAGCUGUUUUUUUUUUUGUUUUGUUUUUUUUUUUCACUAUAAUGGCCUGAAAUUUAAGUUCCUGCUUUAUUUAACCACCAUAUCAGAUUUUAGACAUGUAAUUGUAAAACAUAGAUUACAUAUUGAUUAUCCAAUAUUGCUUCAUUGAUUCAGGAAUAAAGAAAAUAACAAAUGUUAGCUGGACGCAACCCAUUUUUCAAAUGCAGUGUGUCUGUACACACAUACACAUCAAAAAAGUAAAAUUGAAAGCAUGAAAAGAAAAUACACUUACAGAUUUAUUGAACUUCAAAUUUAAGUUUAAAACGGGAUACAGGAAAAAUUCUCUAAGUCAGCAAAAUUUUUAGUUUGGCUACUUUGGCCUUAAAGGGACACGAUACUCACCAGAACUACUGUAGCUUAAUGUAGUGGUUCUGGUGACUAAAGCAUGUCCCUGCAGGCUGAGCAAUGUAAACACUGCCUUUCCAGAGAAAAGGCAGUGCUUAGAUUUGUGCCUAGUAAUACAUCUAGUAGCAGUCACUCAGUUAGCCACUAGAGGUGCUUCCUAGUCCAGUGCAGCAUCUGUGUUCAAUGUAUGCACGCUGCAUGGAGAUGCUUAAUGCUCCCCAUAGAGCUGUAUUGAUUCAGUGCUUCUCCAUGAGGAGAUACUGAUUGGCGCAGCAUGGCGUUUUCACGGAAGCACAAUAGCCUUUCAAUGUUUUCCCAUGGGAAAGCAGUGGAGUAGCUGAGAUAGUUAAGAUAGAUGAUCUCAGCCAUGGAGGCAGGGCCAGCUCCAGCAAGGGAGAAAAAGUACGCUAAAAAAACCUUAUUUCUCUACUCUGAUGGGGUGCAUGGACUCCAAUAGGUAGUUCAAAACUCUAGUGUUAGAAAUACAUAAAUUUGAAAUUCACUUUGAAUUCUCACUUUGGUAAAUACACUGCACAAGCAAGUUACAGGAGCAGACAGUCCCCUUUGAAACCAGAAAAGGUUCAGUAGCCUCUCAUUAUGGUACAAGGUGUAAUCUGGCUGUUCAGUGUUCCAAAAAGCUGCUUACUGCACAUGCUCACAACUGUGGUGUGGACCCCGACACCUAGACAAUUUGAACAGCAUGCAGUCACUUUGAAAAGCAAAGGAGAUAUUUUAAAUCAGUACAAGGGACAAGGGAUAGUCUUAUAGCUGUAGCAAAUUACAAGAAAAUUUAUUUAAUCACUUAACUGGAAGUUGUGGGGAAUUGUUAACUGAAAUGCACAUUAGGUGAUGUAUUUAAAAUAUGCUGCAGUAAAAGUUAUGCUUGAAAAAAAAACAAAAAAAAAAAAAAACUGUGACAGUCAUAUUUGAAAUUUGCUCUUUCAGUGUGGUUAUAAUUCAGUUAAAGCCAUAAAAUUCAACACUAAUAUCAACUCACCACAAUUCCUGUUCUUACCGAAUUAACAAAAAAAAUGUAUUUGGUGAGCUGGUGUUCUCAAUGCUAUAUACGGUUUGAUUGAUGUGACUGUUGGAGGAGUGUCUGAUGGCUACUCCUGUUAAUACUGGUCAUUUGUUAUGGCAGGCUGACCUAAUUUAUGAGAUCUAAAUCCUGACAAAUCCCCCUUUUUAGACUUUACAAAUUAUUAAUGUUUAAAGUGAGAAUAUCAUGCAAAAAAAUUACAUUAUACAGAAUGAUAUUCUAUAUCUGUAGUCUAGCUAUAUUGUCACCAGCUGCCUUGCUCAGCUAAAAACAAGCACAUGUAAUUAAGAUUAUAAUCUUAAUUACUUUUUUUUUUUAAUGUAUGAAAUCUGACCGUAUUGCUUUAAACUAUUUUACAGUCAAUAAUUGUAUGCUUUGUCUUGGGAUAAUAAAAUAUCGCCUGGGUAGUGAUCCCUUUAAUAGGGCAUCCAGGAAUGAGUGAUGCUAGUUUAGGGAAAGGUCACCAUCCAAUCAGGAUGUAUGGAGUUAAUUCAGGGCUCUAAACCAUUUGAAUUGGCUUUCGCUGGCUUACCUCGUUAUGGUUUUUGUAUGUUUGUUUUGAAUGAUUUUGUUUAUUAGAUACUGAACACAGUCGUAAACUCUUUACUAAUUUAUCAUGUACAUGUUCUGUUGUGUGUGUGUAUAUAUGUGUUUUGUUUGACAGUAUACAUGUACAGUAAUCAAUGUUUUGAUUUAAAGCUGUUUCUGUUUCUUCAGAUUGCCUCCUGGCAUUGUGAAAUGUCUCUCUGCACAUUGGAGUAUCAAUGCAUAUAAAAGGGGCAUGUAAGCCAUACAUGCCACUUGUACAUUGCCAAGCAGUCCUGCAGAUACAGAGAUCACUUGCCAGACAGACUGUACAUUUUAUGAUGUUUUUUUUUUUUCUGGUGUCAAUGAUGGACAUGUCAGCAUAAAUGGAAACAUUACCAAAAUAUCACAUAUUCAUCUAGAUUUCAAGCCACAUGCCCCAUGCAUACCACUGACUCAGAGAAAUCAGGUGCUGUUAGAUAUGUUGAGCUACAUGCACUGUGACCAUUAGUCAAUAAGGCUAUAUGGUCCUGAGGUAACAGUAGAAAGACAGUGUGUGCAAUAAAUGUACAUGCAUCACACUGUGCUGAAAGUCUGCUCUUACUGCGGUAUGGGAAGACUGCAUUCAGGAAAUAUGGAUCUUGGGUGAAAAAUCUCCUUGUCACCGUUAGGAGACACAUUUAAUAGUGAUAGGUCCUGUGACAUCUUAUUAGAUAUGCAUUAUACCUGUGCUCAUGGUCUGCAAGAACAGUAGGAGUAUACCAGCAAAGCUAGUGUUUGUUUCAUGCCAGUUUAAUUUCCAUUACAAAAUGUGAAAACUAAAGAAAAAAAAUCUUUAUAAAUAGAUUCUAUGUACGUAUAUAAAUUAUUGAGCAGAAUAAUAAGUUUACAUGUACCUUCAUAAUAUUCAAAAUUAUUCACUGAUGGGGAAAAAAAAAAUGUGCAACAUGGUUAUUUUUUAUUUUACUUCUGCGUUUGAAAAAUGUUGCCUUUGAAAUUAAAAAAAAAAAAA